AUGAGAGCCAAUAGUGCUUCCUCAUUUGGCUCCUCUUCGUCAUUCAAAUUAGAUGACGAUGGUACUAAAUCUCCACUAGAGGAUCAUGAAGACUUACAGGAUUAUAAAAAUAAUUUAAUAAAAUAUGGGAAAAGUUUCUCAACAAGAUUAAUUCAGGUGCUUGUUCAAUCACGAACCGCUGAACGAUAUUCUCACUCCUGCUCUGUGGAAGGUCCACUACAAUGGUUCAACUUACAUCUCGACGAGUUAGGAGAAGUCACUGCAUUUAUAAAGAGUUUGAAGAUUACUGAUUUUCCGCCUGCUGUACCACAAUUAUCAAUUGAUUUUUUUCUGUAUACAUGUGACCACGAGACAUUACCGUUAGAAACAUGGUCUUUUCUGGUUGAUGGGAAUGAUCCUAAGAAUGGUACACCUCAGUGUCCGGUUAACACUCAUCAUUCAGCUUUUUAUCAUCAGCUGAGUACUCUUUUACGAAGUGCAAUGGUAGCUGCACGAAUGACGCCCUUACAUCGUUAUUACGUUAAGAAGCAAAGCGCUGAAACAUUUGUUGUAUUGUAUAGAAUUGUCAGUGGCCCUUCCACGAUUGAUAUUGGGAGGGAUGCAAAGAAAAUUCGUCUGGGCAAUCUGAGUUCUUACAUUGGAUCAUGGAAGCUCGAUUUAUCAUAUAGGACUCGAAUGGAAAUUGAACCUUCCAAUAGUCAUGUUAUGGACGGAGCAGAUUCUUUUCAAAGAAUUGGUUCUCCUGGUAGCACACCUGAAUCGUUCAAAAUGCAAAUUGGUUCUCCAUCAUCGUUCGGUGGCAUAAGUCAUUUUAGCACAAGUCCUUCCACAAGUUCUCCGAUCGAGUUCUCCCCUAUACAAGAUAAUAUCAUACAGUCAAGGAUGCAAGCUUCUAAUUCCACUCCGACUGUUAAGCCAACAAGAUCGCGUUCAACAUCCCUGGCAAGCGAUUCUGAAGAAAUAGCUAGUGAAAGUCCUCACGAAAUGCGUCGAAGCGUGACUAUUCCUAAGAAUAUGCCAUUUGCCAACUUAUUGAUUUUAUCAUAUUCCGGAACCCUUUUCCCUCUUAUGGAAGGCACAAACGAGCAAGAUGACGAUAACGCCACUGCGUUGAAUACUUCCAACAGAACUGUCGUUGGUAAAUCUUCUCUACUGGAUGACGACAUGGAGAACUCAUUGGAAGAUAGAUCGCGGAAAAAUACGAUAGUGGAGAUGAAGCGGCCUAAAGAUCUUAAUCUGAAAAAUCUCCAUACACCAAAGAAGAGUGAAGAUGUUGAUGAGGACGCGAAAUUGGCAUUAGACAAAACAGAUGAACAUAACACCAAUGCCGUGGAGAAAGAGAGAGAAUCAGAUUCAGAUUCUUUGGAAGAAACGUGUUCAACACCGACAUUGAACUCUCAAGUCGAAGAGAGAUUAGCUCGAAAAGAAACUGAUGUACCUUCCAACGAGGCGCAAGAAGAUGAACCUUCAAGUGAAGAGAACGUAGACAAUACAACUCCCACGCCAUCAGCUGUUAUAUUGAAUCUGAAAACUGAGCUUUCACCAGAUGAUGCUCUUCAAGACGUAGUUUUCAAAAUGGGUUCGUCUUGUUGUUUGAAAAACUCAACCGAAGGAGAGGAACAAGGGAACGCCUUGGCUGGAAAUAAAAAACGGGUCACUGUUAAGCUUGAGCCUGAACAUUUUGAGAAGGAUGAACAGUCUGAAGAAGCAAGCGGUGAAGAUGUGGACGAAGAUGAUUCGUUCGUUAAGAUACCUCCAUUCCAUAUGCAAUUCAAUCGUGAUGAAGACAAUCUGGCUUCGCUUCUUGUAGACUGCAAAGAGCCACCGAGUUUAUCUUCUUUCGAACCAGUAGAUUUUUCACAAAUUAAAGAAGAAUUGGAUUUUUUGUCAUUAAAUCAGGGAUUAUUUGACCGAUUCAUAUCUGAAAUACGGGAAGGAAAUAUGGAUGAGAGCCCUUAA